AUGAACCCCGCCAAAUGCGUGUUUGGAGUUCAAGUAGGAGAUUUCCUGGGCUUCAUUGUCCAUCAAAGGGGAAUUGAGGUCCCUGAAGACAAAGCAAGCGCAGUCAUCAAAGCCUCCCCUCCGCGAACGAAGAAAGAGCUACAGCGUUUGCUGGGUAAAAUCAACUUUCUGAGACAUUUCAUUUCUAACUAUGCAGGUAAGAUCCAGCCCUUCUCUCCAUUGCUGAAAUUGCAAGGACAGAACGAGUUUGUAUGGGAGUCUCAACAUCAAGAGGCUUUCAACAGAAUCAAGGCCUAUUUAGCGAGCCCACCAGUGCUUGUUCCCUCUACAGCUGGGUUUCCGUUGAAACUAUAUAUUUCAGCAGCUGAGGCUUCCAUUGGCAGCCUACUCGCCCAAGAUGAUGAGGAAGGUGUUGAGCAUGCCAUUUUUUACCUCAGUAGGACACUUACGGAUUGCGAGACAAGGUAUACUCCUAUGGAAAAAUUGUGCCUCACAUUGUACUUCUCCGCUUGCAAGUUGCGACACUACAUGUUAUCCUUUACUACAUCCAUCAUUGCUCAAACCGACCUGGUUAAGUACAUGUUGUCGCGACCUAUUCUAAGAGGUCGCAUUGGCAAGUGGGUAUUGGCCCUAUCCGAAUUCUCGCUACAAUACGUUCCACAGAAAGCAGUGAAGGGACAAGCUAUCGCAGACUUUCUGGCACAUCACCCUAUGUUGGAUAUCCCGACAGUGAAGGAAUUAGAGAUAGCGACCGCCACCACAACUCGACCAGAUUUGGCGCGCAUUCCAGAGUACGCCAUAUGGUAUCAAGCCACCGUCUUCUUGCAACCCUGGGUAUUAUUUUUUGAUGGCUCAAGAACAGACAUAUUAGCGGGGGCAGGAGUUGUUCUAGAAAACCCAGCGGGCGAUCGUUUCUCUUAUUAUUUCCAAUUGGAGUUUAAGUGCACAAAUAACCAAGCAGAAUAUGAGGCCCUUAUUAUUGGCCUAGAGGUCUUACUGGAAUUGGGAGUAAGAGACGUUCAGGUACGCGGUGACUCUCUGCUCGUGAUAAAUCAGCUUCAAGAGAAAUACAGAUGUGCAAGCUGUUUGCUCAUACCCUAUUGGAAUGGCGCCAUUGAGCUUCUGGAUCAAUUUGAUGACGUGGAUUUGGAGUACAUACCUCGCGAGAGCAAUUUCGCGGCCAAUGAGCUCGCUCAACUGGCUACAGGCAUCACAUUGAAGUAUGGGGUUCGCGAGCGCAUUCUGAAAGUUGAGCGCCGCACGCUACCCUCGUGGAUCGCGACGCCUGACCCACCCGAAAAUCCAGUCGUCGCGAUCCUUGAGCCUAUUGACGUCGAUUGGCUCAUUCCGUUGAUCGAUUACCUCCAGCAACCAAGUCCCACAGCAGACAGGAAGAUUCGUUUUCUUGCCUUAAAUUAA